AUGACUGAAUUUUUUUCAACUUAAGACAAAGAAGUUAAAAAUCUAACAGAUAAAGUUUAAAAUCACUUUUCUAAGAAUGUUUAUUAAGGAAGACAUAAAAAUAGAUAUUAAAAGCUUCUAGAGAAUAAGAUGCUCUCUUCUGAAUAUAAUUUGAAAGAUUCUUGUAAUAUUUUUUCGAAAAAGUAGAUUGAUGAAUAAUUCUUUAUAACGCUACCAGAUUUAAAGUAAAUUUAUGAAAAUGAAAAAAAAAUUAUUAGUCAGUGGGAGUAAAUUGUUAAAGAUAAAUAGUAUGAAUCAAAAAAAUAAUCUGAAAACAACUCCAAGGAAAGAAUUCAUACAAUUAGCUCCAAUUUUGAAGUUUACGAUGGAGAUUUCAAUAAAAAAAUAAUAAGGAGGAGUUCAACUUUAGCUUUAUUAAAUGCAGAGAGAAAAGAUAUUUAACCUGAGCAACAUCAUACAGAAGUUGAUCAAUUAAAUAGUAAUUAUUUAAGGAGAAAAUCAAUUGAUAAAAAUUAUAAUUUUUUAGCAAAGUCAGCUUUAUAAAACAAGGUAAAAAAUAAUUAUGGCGUAAUGCCUACAUAUAGUGACUACCAAAAAUUAAAACAUGAUAGUUUAUAGGGAUUUGAAACUUUUUAAACUAACUUUUAUUCAACCUUUUAUGAAACCCCAAAAUUAAAUGAAAAAGAGAAACCAUUUAAGCAGAUUAAAAAAUAAAAAUUAUUUUAAACUGCUAGAAUUUAAGAUGAAUAAAAAAAUAUAGAAAAUAAACAGAUAGUUACUUUCCCUCAAUAACAAAAGAAGUGCGUUUAAAAGUCUAAUUUAUUAAAGGAAUAAAACGAAAGUGUAGAUUUUAAAUAAAUUAGCUUUUAUAAUGAUAGCAAUGGCUUCUAAAAGAACAAAACCAAUAAUUAAAAUAGUUCACGGUUUUCGUUUAGCAAUAUAAAGGAUAUAUAAAUCCUCAAGCAGACCCUUAAAGAAUAAUCAGAUACCUAAUAGUUACCAAACUAAAAGAAAUUAAAUGAAGAUUUUAAGAAAAAAUUUGAUAAAUUUAAGUUCAUAAAUAAAAUAGAUCUAGAAAUGGGAGUCAAUUAUACUUUUGAAGAGCAUAUGGAAAGGAUAUGCAAAGAUAAGGAGACUUUACAGAAUUUCUAAAACCAUAUUAACAAUGUUUAAUUAGGACAGUAGAGUAUUAAUAAUCCUAAUUAAAAUAACAAUUAGUUUGAUUCUAAAAUCAAUAUAUCUUUGAACUCUAAGCAUAUAAGUUCUUAAAUUUAGUCAAAGGUUUAAUUUAAUUCAAAAAUAAAUGUUUCAAAAACAAAUGCUUUAAGCUCAAGCUAAAUCAGUGUAAAAGAUGGUAUUUUGCACUCAAUCAGAAAAAAGAGAGAAGAAUCAAACUACACCACAUAGCCUUCACAAUCUACUAAUCAUCAGCUAGUUCACAAAACAGUGAGUACUCCAGCAGCUAUCAUCGAAGUUCCUAACAAUUUAUUUAUGAAGAAUAGCAAUAAGAGAUAAUCAAUUUUAUCUCUUUAGUAAUCCUAGAGUGUGGUCUAAAAUUUUAAUUUCCCUUUCUAAUUUUUGACAUCUCUAUCUAGAGAAGAAUCAACAAAAAUUAACACUGUUCAAUCCUUCUUCCCUGAUUUUAUAAAUAAUUUGAGAUUUUUAGAAAAAUAUAAACAAACAAAAAAGAGGGCAGCAAGAGCACUAAAGAAGAUCUUAGGAUGGAAUGAAAAAAUGGCUCCUCUUAUAUUAACUGAGGAUGGAACAGAGAUUAAAAAAGAUCUGGACUUUUAGACAGCUUUUUUUGAAGAAGUGAUAAAAAAUCAAAAAUAAAAUUCAUUAAGAGAUGCUGCAUAGAAUAAAAAAGAUGUUGGAAACAAAUUAAAUUCAUCAGCUAACCCAAAUAUCAUAACUCUAAGCUUUGACGUAAUAUGGGAAAGCUUUUAAAAGUAUUAAUAUCUAAACAAAAAUCUUAUAGAAGUUUUAGAAAGAAAAGAAAAAGAAUUGUUUAAAUAAUAUAGAAGUUCAUUACUUGAAGAAAUAGUGGAUAUUCAUAAAAUGCAAUCCUAAUAGCUAAAUAAAUAUCCUCUGUCAAAUAAGCAAUAUCAAAUUUUAGUUACACUUCCUAGAAAUAUAUCAUAUAUAUUAGAUCGUAAAAAUUAUCUUUAAAAAGAGCAGGCUCUUGAUAAUUUAGUAAUGUCAGAAAUAAAUUUAGGAUAGUUCCCAUUUUUACUUUAAUUUGACAGGAUAAGAAGCAAGUAUAUUAAUUUGUCUAACCAGGUUAUUCGUAAUUAUGAAAAGCAUGUAUGA